ACACUGCACAGGAGUAGGAUAGGAGGUAGGUUAGCAGGCUUCAGGGCCGUCAGGUUAGCCGUUUAUCAUCAGUCAUUCCUAAUGUCUCAUUUACACGUUGAACUAAAGUAACUCUUGAUAGAAAACGAGCAAGAUGACGGUGAGUCUAAUGAGUUCAUCUAUCCUACCUUUACCUCGCAAUAUGAAAAAAGGUAAAGUAUUAACUAAGGGAGCAAAGCAGAUAAAGGAGGAGAAUGUUUCUACGCUGAGCUUUUACAUGUAUAUGGCCUUAGGCUCAAUGGGAAUUCACUUCGCCGUAACGAUAAUGCUGUUUGAAUUCACCACACUAACGAUAAGUCUAACAGCAUUUUCUGCAAUUGUAUAUAUAGGAAGUUACCAAUUUAUGUUGUACAUGGCUCGUGCCACAUAUUCGGAAUCUGGUCAGCUGCUGGAUCCUGGUGUUGACCUUAAUAUGGAAGGUGGUAUAGCAGAACAUGUCAAAGAUUUAAUUAUAUUGACAUCAGGAGUGCAAAUCCUGGCCCUUAUUUCAAACUACUUCUGGUUAUUGUGGUUUCUGGUACCAUUGAGAGGAAGUUGGAUGCUUUGGAAGCAGAUUUUGGCUCCAUGGUUUUUCGCCCAGCCACAAGAACAAUCUGAGAUGAGUGAAAAGAAGAUGCGAAAGUUAGAAAGGAAAAUGGCGAAAAGAUAUCAAUGAGAAUUCAUUGCUGUGCAAUAGGAAAAUUCUAUUGAAUGAUAAUUGAUUUAAUCAGGGGUAGUAAAUUUAAGAAACAAUGGUAAGAGGAAGAUUAAGUUUUUUUGUAUAUAUUCAAGACAUCAAGAUGGUGGGAUGGAUUUGACAUCUACAUAGAUAAAUAUUAAUUAAAAAAGAACUUUAAAGGUUUUAUGAAAAUGUACGCAAAACAGGGAAGUAAUUUUAGAAUUAGGAGACAUCGCAAAUUGGAGAACAGAUUUCAUUUUUACCUUUACUAUUUCAAACAACUGAUUGUCGGCAGCCUGCAAUCCUGUAGAAGAAGCGGGAAUAUUUUUCUUAUUUAAUGUUUAUAAAUUUAUUCUUAUAUAAAUCGAAGGCAACGCAAAAUUAUUAAUAGUUAAUUGUAAGUAUAUUUAAAAUAAGGUACAUUACAUUACUAUAAUUAUUGUUUUUAUCAGCUUAUAAAGGAAUAAAAGUUCCUGAAUAAGAA